CGAAAAAGAGGGUGACCGCGAUGGAGGAGAAGCUGGUAAGCACUGUUGGGCUUGAAGUGGAGCGAGAUAAACUGAAAGCUGAUUUGGUGGACAUGACCAAUAAGUGGAUGGAGAAAAGUCAAUUCUGCGUUCAGCAUGAAGCUCGCAUGGAAAAGCUUAGCAGUAUGAUGAGUGACCUUGACGAGGAGAUUGUGUCGUUACAGACUGAUAAGGAGACCUUAGAGAGGGAGAGAAAAGAGCUGGAGCAAAGGGUGAACAGUCUUGAGUCCAGCACAGCGGAGGCCAAGAAGCAGAAGUUAGAAACUGAACUUCUAUUUGGGAAGAAGUUGAAGGAAGCAGAAGAGAGGGCAGUAGAGGCAGCUGUUGAAGCCACUAGGCAGCGUAUUCGAGAUCGAGAGAUCACUGAACGCAAAUUUGCGAGAAUGGCAGAGGUAGACACUGCCAAGUAUCUGGAUUUGGCGUUACGUAACAAGAAGCAGACCCCAGAGGAGAAAUGGGCAAAGCUGGAGAUGUAUUGCAAGAACGUCGACGUAAAGAUAGGAGAGUAUGACGUCGACAAGUAUUUGAAUGAACUUGGGGAUUUGCAGAUUUCUUAUCCGCCAUGUCAUUUGGAGAAGUUGAAGCUGAGGGGCGAUGCGCUGGGAUCGAUGUAUAAUGCCGAGGGGGAAGCCGUUGAAGAUACUGUUGCCAACUUGGCUCCUGAUGAAAAAGCAUCAGGUUCUACCUCUGUAGCUGAGGGCAAGUCAGAGGGUGAAAGAGGUGUAUGUUGUAUGACGUAUUUGGAUCAGGAGCUUCAUAGAUCUUUUAGGCCUUUGCGUGCGAAAUACAGCGAAAGAUUAUACAGAUGGUGGGAGAGGAUGCCCAGUGAGCACCGUGAGUGGACGAAUGUUCCCUUUUUAAGGAGAAUCUUUGACAACCCACAGUGGCUUUACUCAACGUGGGCUCUGGAAGAGCUUAUCAGAAGUGGCAUCCCGUACUAUAUAUCUUGUGAACGCUACGGGCUAGGCUAUCCGAAGCUAGAAAAUGCGAUGUCAGAGUACAUACGACGUAUCGAAUGGGAUUAAUUAUGGACAAGAGGAUAGAGCAAUUAUAAAGUCAGGGGUGGAUAUUGCCAUUAAUGUAAUAUAACU